UGGCUGGUGUUAGCAGCCAGGGCGAGAAUGACCCUGGCAGCGCCCUCGAGGAGGUGUUCUGGCGCGGGAACCACGCUCCUCCCACACUCAGACGUCCCGGAACCGCGAGGCGGUUCUUUCUCGGGCCCUCAAAUCCAUCGGGCUUCGGGACCUCACUCCACGAUCCGGCCACACUGUAAGGGGCAUCUGAAGGUCGCCAGCCAUGAGCGGCCCGUUGCGAUCCGGCCCGAGCACCUGGCGCCGGGCGGCCACCGUGAUGCUGGCCGCGGGCUGGACCCGCCCGGGCCCCGCCGCCUCAGCGGCCGCCGAAGACUUCCGGCUGCUGUUCCUCCAGCGCUCGCUAAAACAGCGCUUCCUGCCGGGCGCGCACGUCUUCCCGGGCGGCGUGCUGGACGCGGCCGACAGCUCGGCCGACUGGCUGCGCCUCUUCGCGCCUCGGCACACGCCGCCGCGGUUCGGCCUAGGCCCGGCGCCGCUUCCGCGGCACCCCUUUCCGGGGCUGUUCCAGGGCGACGCGGACGGCGCGGCGCUGCCUGAUGACGUAGCGGCGCGCAUCUGUGCCAUCCGUGAGACCUUCGAGGAGGCUGGGGUGCUGCUGCUGCGGCCGCGGAGCUCGGCGCCGGCUCCUCGGGAGCCGGGCCUCGCGCUGUCCCCUCCUCCGGGUCUCGCCGACUGGCGCUCGCGCGUGCGCAGUGACCCGCACUGUUUCGUGCAGCUGUGCGAGCAUCUCGACUGCACGCCGGACAUCUGGGCGUUGCACGACUGGGGCGGCUGGCUCACGCCGUACGGGCGCGGCAGCCUCCGCUUCGACACCACUUUCCUCCUGUGCCUCCUGCGAGAGACCCCGAGCGUGGAUAUCGACCUGGCCGAGAUGGUGGGUUACAAGUGGUCAUCCCCGACAGAGGCAACAGAACAGUUACAAACACAGAAAAUGUGGCUGGCGCCCCCGCAGUUCUAUGAAGUGAGAAGACUUGAAAACUUUGUUUCUUUCUCCGAUCUGUGCAGAUUUUGUUCAGAUUGCCUGCCGGAAGCAGCUGAGAAGUGGCUGCCGAUCAUGCUCUCCACAGCUGACGGCGCCAUCAACCUUCUCCCGGGAGAUGAGCUGUAUGUGAAAGACUCGGACUUCUUAGAGAAGACUAUGUCUACUGACAAAAAGACUGAAGAGAUUUUGAAGGAAGGCAAAGUGGUUAACCGAAUUGUGUUCCAUGGUCUCCAGUGCUGUGAAAUCCACGUGAAUCUUCCAUCCAAGAAUAAGCACGUAUACCCCAAGACCUACAUCAUGGAUAAGAGCCACACUGCACGCUUGUAAGCUCUUCUGCUUAUGCUAUAAGGAGGAGUGGCUGAACUUGUCUGAGAUCUAAGGAAUGCUAAAUGCACAAUGAGCUGUUUCUUGUGUCGUGUGCAUUGCGGGAGCAUCUGCCAUUCUUCAAAUGGCACAGCAAGCCACAAGUAUAAAAUAUAUGAAGUAUUAAAGAUCUUGUUACCAAGCUA